UGUUUUGUUCUCGAGCCGCGAGUACGGCGCUGUGUCGCCAUGAACUUGCUAGUUUAUGUUGUAGGAUUAACCGUUUUGAGCAAGGAUGUUGAAUCAUUUUUCGGAUUCCCACUGAUUACCGAACCAAAGUAUUUAUGGCGGGAAUUGCUGAUUCCCACCAGUGUCCUGGUCGUCAACCAUCCUUUGGAGUACCCCGGGGAAGAGUGUGACCGACCUUGUGAUCCAAACGAACCUCCCAGGAUCUGCUACUACCACUGGAUUAUGGAGAGCUACACCGCAAUGGGAUCAUCUUGCUGGGACUGUAUUCGCGGGAAUCGUGCCCACUGCUUUCACGCACAGUGCGUAACUGGUAGUGGUCGGGAGCGUGGUAUCGUGUCGAUUAACCGGAAGGUGCCGGGUCCACCGAUCGUGGUCUGCCGCAACGACACCAUCGUGGUGGACGUUUCGAACGAGAUGGACGGCCUUGCGACGGCCAUUCACUGGCACGGAUUCCACCAGCUCGACUCACCCUGGAUGGACGGUGUCCCCAUGGUAACGCAGUGUCCAAUUCCGGCGGGAACGAGCUUCCGGUACCGGUUCCAGGCAGUGGACCCGGGAACUCAGUGGUAUCACUCGCAUUCCGGCUACCAGAAGGCUAACGGACAUCUCGGGGUGGCAGUCGUGAGGAAUCCCCACGAUGUGAACAUAAACCUGUACGAUUACGAUCUGACCGAGCACGUGAUGCUGCUUUCCGACUGGUCGGAACAUACGGUGGAAAAUUGGAUCCCCGGACAGCAGAGCUCGGCACUGAAGGUGGACUCCAUAUUGAUCAAUGGACGUGGGCGGCACUAUAAUAACUACACCAAGAAGUGGGCCACGGCUGUCCCGUUGGCGGUAUUCCGAGUACAACCGAACAAACGCUACCGGUUCAGGAUGAUCAGCGGAGGCAGCCAGUACUGCCCGUUCAAGAUGCAGAUCGAGAAACACCGGAUGGAAAUCAUUUCCACGGACGGAGGCGCGGUCCAACCCCAAAUGGUGGACACCCUGAUUUCCUUAUCCGGUGAACGGUACGACUUUGUACUGACGGCCGAUCAACCACCGGGCAACUACUGGAUCCGAGUUCGUGGCAUUGCGUUCUGUAACAAGAACCCGGUCGAAGGUUUUGCGGUGCUGUCUUACGCCGAUCCAAGUGUUUCGACGGAAGCGCUCAGCUAUCCCGAGGAAGAUCCUCCUAAGUACGAGCACGAAUAUCCAGAAGGUAUAAUCUUAAACCGUCACACGGAUUCCUGCUACCGAGGCAAGGACGAGAAUAUCUGCACCUCAAAGCUUGAAUCUCACGAAGUUCAUCGGGAUAGUGCGCUGAUUGACGCUGUGCCGGACAAGCAGUUCUACUGGGGAUUCACUAUCGUUGAGGCGGACAACAGCUGGCUGUUCUCCAACGAGGGAUUCGUUCGGUUUACCACCGUACGCGAUGCGUUCAACGUGUUUGGCGUGACGAACAACAUCAGCUUGGUGCCACCCAGCUUUCCCCUGUUGACCCAGCCGGAGCAAAUUACGGACGUACAGCAACAAUUUUGCAACGAGACAAAUCUCCCACCGAAAUGCGCAAACCGAACGCACUGCUUCUGUACCCACCUGCUGAAGGUAGACCUUAACGACAUUGUCGAGAUUGUGCUGUACGACACGGCACCGUAUGCGCAAGAUUUUUACCACCCAUUCCACAUCCACGGACACCGGUUCAUCGUCACCGACAUGGGCCGCCUGCCCCAGCUAGGACUGCACGAGCGACUUCAGCGGCUGAAGCAGGGAAAGCACGCCCGCAAACCGGGCACCGACUACAACCCACCGUACAAGGAUACCGUGUCCAUACCGAACCAGGGCUUCGUCCGGACGCGCUUCCGAGCCAAUAAUCCCGGAUUCUGGCUCGUGCACUGCCAUUUCGAGUGGCAUCUGGCCACCGGCAUGGGCCUGGUUCUCCAGGUGGGCGAGGUGGACCAAAUGCCGAAACCGCCUGCCGAUUUUCCCCGCUGCGGCAACUUCAAGCCGGACGUACUGGAGCGACAGUGAGUGGUAUUUUGCCCUAGGCUCGGAUGGGGUAUUUCGUGGGAUUAUAUGAACUAUCAAAAAAAAAUGUGAAGAAUGAGUGAGCUCAAUAAAAUUCAGAUCAACCAAAA